AUGAACGAUAUAAAAAUUUCCUACCUAAACUACCCCAUUUAUGGAAUAGGGUCCAAUGAUAAGUACGUGGUGACGUCGGGGGGAGGGGGGGGGAAGAGCUACGGAAUUGAAGACCUCCUAGACAUCAACACGUUUGACGAGAAGGAAAAAAAGUUGCAGGCUCUCUGGUCGACGACGCAGCAAAGAGGUGUUGUCGACUCGAUUGUCUACGAUGAAAAGUACGACAUUUGGUUAGGCUCAGUGAGGAAUGAGUGUGUGAUUUUUCAAAUAAAUGAAGAGACCGGUCCGAAUAUCAUACAUAGUUUCGUUACGGAUUUUAGUGAAAAGCACGCCAGACAGGUGGUUGUCAAAUUUUCCUCCGUCAGUAAUUUUAUCUUAACAGGAGGGGAGGACAAAACGUUGAAGCUGUGGAGGCUCAAAAUUGGAGAAAACUCCAAGGCGGAUGCGCCAAAGGGAGAUGCAGCAACAGCAGCGGGAGGAGCAGCCACAACUGGAGGAGCAACAACAACUGGAGCAACCAUUGCGGGAAUGGUCCCCAUCGGGAAGGAGAAGAAUUUCCUCAUCGACACGACCAGCAACAUAGUCGAACACGUAGGAGACUUCAAAGGACACGAAGAAUGCAUUAAAGACUGUGACAUAUCACAGGACGAAAAAAUAGUAUGCACUUGCUCCUCAGAUAAUUCACUUAAAAUAUGGGACACACACACUUUUGUGAAUUUACACACAGAACAAAUGAGCAAUCCAAAACAAAAAAGCGAAAAAUUAAAUUUCCGAUGUUGCAAAUUUUUGCGAAACAUAAAAAGGAAGGAUGAUUUUUUGUAUACCCUGUUAACCACUGCAUAUACAUCGAGAGGGAAUAGUUAUCUCAUCAUUUGGAGUGUCCUAUUCGACGACAAGAAGGAAAAAUUCACAUGCACAAAAGAGAAGUUCAUAUGGUUGGAUGAUAGACCAUGUUGCAAUAUUGCCAUGAGUUUGAAUGAGAAAUAUCUUGCCUUAGGGUUUAGUACAGGUGCCCUAAAAAUUUACAAUAGUAAUUAUUCCCUGUUAGCGCAUUACAAGAAGCAUGAACUGCCCAUUACUGCCAUGUGCUUUAUCAAGAGUGACACCUUUUUACUUUCCGCGGGGGCUGACUAUAGCAUAAGUUGCAUUCACAUAAAUUCCUUUAGUUUCCGUUAUUUGAGGCGCCUUUGGAAGGUCCUCUUCCUGCUAAUAAUAGUGCUAGCUUUUUGCAUAAUUCUUCUCGAUUUUUUUAACGUCGGUUAUGACCUACGUAUGAGGGAUAUCAUUCGGGGCAAGGCCGGAUUUGCCAAAACAAGGAAGUGGAGUUCCAAGCCAGCCAGCGGUUCUUCCCCCUCAUCGGAUGAGCUGUAA